AUGAGAUCUUUUGAAAUGCUAUACCAUCCUAUUCUCAUACACACUCUUUUCAAUUUACUCUCUACUAUGGUGAAUUACACGUUUAGGCCUAGCAUGGAAAACAACCUUAACCGUGUAACAGAAGGGCAUGGCUUGCCUAAAGUUCCAUCAUUAGUUCAACAUAUAUCAUCAAAUGAUGUAGCCAACUUUGACACUGUUCACUUGAAAAGUCUCAGCUCGUCUUUCAAAGUAAGGCUCGUUACCAUUACAGAAGGUGAUGAACACGAACAUUCGGCCAGAUAUCAUCAAAAUAAGCAUUCGGUAUUUAUCAACAUGCCAAUCUCUUGCGAAGAUGUUCAGCUACAUAACACAAUAAGAGUUCUCUAUAGUGGCCAAACUGAUUCUAGCAAUGCUGCUCCCAUUUUCUCUUCUCAAUCAACUACUACGGACUCCAAGCCUCCAUUGCCAUCACAAUCGAUGCCAAAUGGCAGUGUGCACCCAGAGGCAGCAAGCACAGUGAAUCUUACCAAUCGUGAAAGCAUCAAAACCUUGAACGAUAAGAGAACUAACCUUUUCAAAACAUGGUCCAGUAAACUUGAGGUGAAAUUAUCAAUUCUGCGUGGAAGGGUACAUACACAAAGUGUGGAAGAGGAUGCCAGCUUAAGCAACACUAAUAAGCCUUUACCUGUUGAUUUGUUCUUCAAAACAUUGAAAGGUCCACAGAAGUCUUCAGAAGAGUUGGUGCUUCCUCAGGACAAGCAGUGGCCAUUUCUUCUUCGGUUUCCAAUUUCAUCUUUUGGUAUUUGUCUUGGAGUUAGCAGUCAAGCAAUUCUUUGGAAAGCAUUGGCCACGUCACCUUCCACUGAAUUUCUUCACAUAAACCCGAAAAUAAAUUUCAUCCUGUGGCUCAUCUCUGUUGCUCUUGUUGCAACUAUUUUCACCAUCUAUCUCUUCAAAAUAAUUCUCUAUUUUGAAGCAGUUCGGCGCGAGUACCAUCAUGCAGUUCGUGUUAACUUCUUCUUUGCUCCAUGGGUAGCCCUCUUGUUCUUAGGUCUUGGAGUUCCUUCAUCAUUUGCCAAAGAAUUGCCUCAUGCAGUGUGGUACAUUCUAAUGAUUCCAUUGUUCUGCCUUAUGCUCAAAAUAUAUGGCCAGUGGAUGUUUGGGGGCAAAAGAAUGAUCUCAAAGGUGGCCAAUCCAUCGAAUAUGCUAGCAAUUGUUGGAAAUUUUGUGGGGGCCUUAUUGGGUGCAUCUAUGGGCCUAAAAGAAGGGCCUAUUUUCUUCUUUGCUAUUGGGCUAGCUCACUACUUGGUGAUAUUUGUAACUCUCUCACAGAUGCUUCCAACAAAUAAGACCAUCCCCAAAGACCUUCAUCCAGUGUUCUUUCUUUUGGUUGCACCACCUAGUGUUGCUGCAAUGGCAUUGGCUAAGAUUCAGGGUUCUUUUCAAUAUGAAUCACGGAUUUUCUAUUUCACUUCCAUGUUUCUAUAUCUCUCGCUGGCAGUUCGGGUCAAUCUUUUCAGAGGAUUCAAAUUCUCAAUUUCAUGGUGGGCCUACACUUUUCCAAUGACUGCCGCAGCAAUUGCUACCAUAACCUACACAAAUGAAGUCACAAAUGUUGUAACUCAAUCUUUGUGCAUAAUAUUGAGUCUCAUUUCUACAUUCACAUUAACAGCAGUGCUUGUCUCCACCAUAGUUCAUGCCUUUGUCAUCCAAGACCUCUUUCCCAAUGACCUUGCCAUUGCCACAAGCGAGAGAAAGCGAAAAACACAGAAGAAAUGCUUUCCCUUAGGACUUGGGAGCCGUGGUCAUUCCAAAAAGACUGAAAAUUACUUGAAGUUUGUGAACUCGGAUAAAAAUGAUUUAGUUUAG